AUGAAGGUCUCUGUUGCAGGAACAGGAAACGUUGCGCAAUACCUGAUCGAGGAAAUUCCAAAAUAUGGACACGAACUCGUUGUUCUGACGCGAAAAGAAAAACCUGGGAAGAUUUACACACAGCGGGCAACAGACUAUAGCCUGGCAUCACUCAUAUCAAUCCUAGACGACCUCGGUGUUGAGGCGUUAGUCUCUACGAUCGCAGAUUUUGAAAAUCCUCCUGUCGCAACUAGGAUUCACUUCGAUAUGCUCGAGGCCUGUAAGCAAUCGAAGAUAUGCAAAAGCUAUAUCCCAUCGGAAUGGACCUGUGAUGUUCUUAACUAUCCCGAACAACCGAUGUUCCUUGCUGAGGCUAAUAAGAAACUACAUGACGCACUCAAACAAAGUCAGGAUAUACGGUGGACGAUCUUCGCGAACUCGUGGUUCAUGGACUAUAUAGUGCCAGCCUCACAACGAUAUCUUCGCGAUAUCGGAGCCUUAUGGCCAAUGGACCACACAACUAAAGUGUUCACUAUAUACGGACCAGGAGAUCAGCUAUUCUCCGUUUGUUCCGUGCGAGAUGCGGCCAAGGCCAUCGCUGCCCUUCUUGGGACCUCGGAGCCAUGGGAUCCAUAUACGUUCGUGGCGGGGGAUCACAUCACGCUCAGUGGGCUAUUUUCUGCCAUGAAGAGAAGAGAUCCUAGUUGGAAGAGUAAGACUAAGUCGCUGGCAGAGACCCUCAAACCAAUCAUUGAGAAUACGUCCUCUGAAGCGGCUAUGUUGAGCUACUUUGAGCUCCUUAUCUACUCUGGCGCCUCGAACCUACCUAGGGCGGAAGUACUAAGGCAGCGUACGAAAUAUUUUCCAAAUCUGCACUUUCAGACAGUGGAAGAACUUUUGAGCCUUGCAGAAGCACACCCCGGUACUAUUGUUUAA